UCAGCAAUACUGUAACAGGACAUGUCGCCCAUGGUGACUAUCUUGUUUAUAAGCCCAUCAUUUUAGCGUUCGUAGUUACUGCUAGUUACACACUAUCUUAUUCAGUGUUUAAGAACAUUUCAGCAUGGAAGGACUCUAUUGUAUUACUGGAUUUCUUCUCUUUCUCAUUGAAGGGGCAGUGGGAGAGAUCUGCUCAUCGUACCUCUACGGCGACAUAUACUGCACCAGCUGUUGUGGGUCCUAUUCCAGCAGUACCGGUAGAUACUGUUGCGAUGGCUCAAGUGGCUCAAGUGGCUUUUCGAGUUAUACAAGUACAAUUGAAACAUACGAAAACAUCCCCCUCAUCGUCGGAUUGUCAGUUGGUGGCUUUUUCUUCAUCGUUGUCGUCAUCGCCGCCAUCUGUGCCUGUGUGAAGUCAGCAAAUAGACCACGGGGCGUCGUCGGCGUUCAGCCAGUCGGACCCACGAUGGUGUCAACAACAGGGGCAAGUGGAGAGACCUGUUCACACAGCUACUACAACGACAUAUACUGCACCAGCUGUUGUGGGUCCUAUUACAGCAGUUCCCGUAGAUACUGUUGCAGUGGCUCAAGUGGCUUUUCGAGUUAUACAAGUACAAUUGAAACAUACGAAAACAUCCCACUCAUCGUCGGAUUGUCAGUUGGUGGCUUUUUCUUCAUCGUUGUCGUCAUCGUCGCCAUCUGUGCCUGUGUGAAGUCAGCAAAUAGACCACGGGGCGUCGUCGGCGUUCAGCCAGUCGGACCCACGAUGGUGUCAACAACAGCCGCAUCUUCCCAACAAAGUGGAUAUGCAGGCCAGAUACCACAACCCCCGGCUUACAAUGCUUACCCCCCACCAGGUCCCCCCUCUGCCGUGUAUCCCCUUCCAGGUCCCCCCUCUGCCGUGUAUCCCCCUCCAGGUCCCCCCUCUGCCGUGUACCCCCCUCCGGGUCCCCCCUCUGCCGUGUACCCCCCUCCCCCGCAAAACUUAGUGCCACCCUCUGCUACAAACCCCUGAACUCUUCCAAGAAUGGUUAGCCGAUCCUAUAUGUAAGGUGCCGACCAUUUUGUUAUGAAACUAAAUAUCAAUAAUUUGGCCUCAGAUUUUACAACAAAACAUUUGUUCGCAGUUCAUGGCGCAAUGACAAAAAUAUAUUCCGAUUCUAACGGAAAUCCCACACCCAUUGCCAUCCCCCCAGCCAACAGGGCAUCAAACCGUCAUUCGGUCAUAAUAAUCACAACUUCGGCCACGAGCAUUCAUGCUUUCGAGCACAAUAUCUGAUGUGAUAACAAUUAUAAAAAAGACAAGACUUCUUAUGAACUUUAAGAAAUUGUACUCUCUGACGAUGUUAGUAAGACAAGCGUAGCCUUUACAAAUAGCGGUAGUUUGUGAACCGAAAGAUAUGAUGUUAUAGAAGGAAAACUUCUGGUUGGUUGGUUUUGUUGUUUAACGCCGCACUCAGCAAUAUUACAGCUAUAUGACGGCGGUCUGUAAAUAAUCGAGUCUGGACCAGACAAUCCAAUGAUUGACACCAUGUGCAUCGA